AUGAGACUCGCUACUCCUGCUUCCUCCGGGUCUGAACUGAGAUCUCCGAAGCCUGUGGAUGUCUCGCAAUGGAACGAACGAACGAGGAACUUGACUCGCUUCCUAUCGAUUCAAGCACACAAUGACAUAUGGUGUCAUUUGAGCCAUACUAGACAAUUGGAUUUACCGAAUCUGAAAAUCUUGCAAAUCGAAGCUGACCAACAUCGUCCUUAG